UCCUGGAAUAGCUUCCGCUUGGGACCUCGCUCCACCAUGACCCGAAAUCUCUGGAUUCUCUGUCUCUGCUUAGGACUAUGCCUAGCAGAGAUGGACGUAGCCGAGCAAAAAUCCGACAAGGAUGUUGCCAAGGAUGUUGAGAAAGACGUUGGGGAGGAUGUCUUACGCGAUAAGCGUGGCUCGUAUGGUGGUGAUGGUGGAGGAGGAGGAGGAGGGAUUUACGGGGGAGGAUCAGGCGGAGGAGGAGGAGGGUAUGAUGGGGGAUCAGGAGGUGGAGAAUACGGAGGAGGGUCAGGUGGAGGAGGAGAUUACGGAGGAUCAGGUGGAGGAGGAGGAGGAUAUGGUGGAGGAUCAGACGGAGGCGGAGGGGGGCUUUAUGGAGGAGGAUCAGGUGGAGGAGGAGGAGGAUAUGGUGGAGGAUCAGACGGAGGCGGAGGGGGGCUUUAUGGAGGAGGAUCAGGUGGAGGAGGAGGAGGAUAUGGUGGAGGAUCAGACGGAGGCGGAGGGGGGCUUUAUGGAGGAGGAUCAGGUGGAGGAGGAGGAGGAUAUGGUGGAGGAUCAGACGGAAGCGGAGGGGGGCUUUACGGAGGAGGAUCAGGUGGAGGAGGCGGAGCAUAUGGGGGAGGAUCAGGUGGUGGAGGCGGAGCGUACAGUGGAGGAUCAGGCGGUGGGGGAGGAGGGUACGGAGGAGGGUCAGGUGGAGGAGGAGAUUACGGAGGAGGAUCAGGUGGAGGAGGAGGAGGGUAUGGGGGAGGAUCAGGUGGUGGAGGAGGAGGGUAUGGCGGAGGAGGUGGGGGUUAUGGAGGAGGUGGAAGCUACAUCAUUGUUGGUGGGGGCAGCAGCAGUGGCAGCCAUGGCCCAAGUGGAUCUGACAUUGCUAACCAGGCUGCUGCCAAGGCUACAGCAGCUGCUGCAGGUCUGAAGGGAGCUGCUCAAGCUGCUGCCUCUGCCGCUGCUGGCCAGGCUGCGGCUGCCGCUUCUGCUGCUGCUCAGACAGCGCAAGCUGCUGCCGCUCAGAAACAGGCUCAAGCUGCGCAGAUCACGCAAGCAGUUCAAGGGGCCCAAGCUGCUGCCUUUGCUGAAUCUGCUCUAGCAAGUCAAGCUAGUCAGGCUGUCCAGGCUGCUGCCUCGGCAGCUUCUUCAGCUCAGUCUUUACAGGGUGGCUUAAGCCAGGCGAGUGCUGAAGCUGGUGCCCUCGCUGCGCAAGCUGCCAACGCCCUCGCAGCCAUUCAGGCCUUCCUUGACUCUCAACAGGCUAUGGCUUGGCAGGCUCAGCAGGCUGCCAGUUCACUCAGUCAGAAGCAAGCUCUCGCUCUCCAUGACCUACAGUCAGCCCAGGCAGCAGCUGCUAAGGCUCAGGCUGCUGCUGCCACAGCUCAAGCUAAGGCUCAUGGCAGUAGAGGUGGAUACGGACAUUGAGCUAUACUACCAGACAAAUGAGAUGGGAGUUGCGAAGGGUAUUUGUUCAUGAUUAGCAAUAAUCAUUGUUUUUUUUAUCAAGAUAUAACACUGUAGCAAGAGAUGCUGAAUGAAACAUAUACUUUGUAAUGAUAUUAUGAAAUACAGCUUUUUGUCAAUAUAA